UAUAUAUAUAAAUACUUUCUUAACAAAAAAGCCCCUCAUUAUAUAAAAACACAUUCAAGUAUUAUAAAUUUUCUUUGCUUCAAUUUUUGCAUCAAUGGCUUCUUAUUCAGAGAUCAAGAUCAACCAUGAAAAUGCAAUCAAGAAACUUCUCAAGAGAUUAAAAGAAUUGGAUAAUUUCAAACAUAGUGGCUCAACAAAAGAAGGUGAAAUUGAGAACCUUCAACAAAUAGGUCAAACCCUAGUCAACAAACCUCUUUACAACAACAACAAGAACAACAACAACAAGAAGUUAGAACAACAACGUUUGAAGAUUGAAUUGGAACACAUGAACAAAUUCAACGACACUUUAGACAAGUGUGAAGAAAGAUUCCUCAAGUACAAUAUCCCGAAACGCUAUCAAAAUGGUCGAAAACAACCUUUGGAAUCGUACUUAAAAAAUUUGCAUGAGUUCAUGGAAAUGACAUGGAGAAAAAAUUCCAAGAAAAAUAGAGCAAAAGGGUAUAUGAAUUUGAGAGAGUUGAUGAGAAAAAUUGAUAGAAAAAAUGAUAAAGAAAAUGGGAUUUUUGCUUAUAGUUAUCUUGUAAAUUGUGUAACUCAACUUGGGAUUAAAAUCUCAAAAUUUAUUAUUGAGUACAUUUUCUUGAUUUUGGUUGCUUCUAACACAAGUAAUGAAACGGUGUCGCUUUGUCUUAAUGAUCUUUUGGCUAUAAUAGAUUGCUUAUCUGUUGAAGAGGGUAAUGAAGAGUCUUUUGCAGUGAACAUUUUGGUAAUGUUGUUAUUACCUUUCUUCAUUAAUGCAUUGAAGCUUGUUGGGCCAUUUUGGGAUAAUGAUGAUUAUAAUGAUGGUGAUGAUGACAACAAAGACAAGAAGAUUAAGAUCAAAGAUGAUGAUGAAGAAGAAGAGGUGACAUUUAUUUUUGAUGAAGAAAUUGAAGAUGACAUAGUUCAUCACAUAAUCAUGGAAGUUUUGCGUUUGGAAGUCUGUAUUUGCAGUCCUGAAUUUUCCAUUAUGCUUAUAAAUGAUGUGAUUUUCUCAAUGUCAAAGCAUCUUGAAGAUAAUGUCUUCAAGGAAAAAUUUGAAGGAAUUGAAUAUAAGAUAAAUAUGUGGAAGAAUGAUGUUGAUUUUAUUCUUAAAGAAGAUAGUGAUGAUGAUGAUGAUGAUGAUGAUGAUCAAGAGAUGAAGUUUUUAAGGGAAGUAUUGGAGGCUGGUGUUUUUGAUUUAUGGAGUCGUAGUGAUUUAAGUAAAUUGAUAAAACUAGUGAUGAUUUGAGAAAUUAAUUACUAUACAUGUUUUGGAUACUAA